GGGCCCGUGCUCGUCUCCGUGGCAACGGCGAGAAGUCGGCGGCGCGGUGGCAGCGUCCACCCGCCAGUCACCUGACCCGAGCCCGCGGAUCACGUGAUACGGUCUCCAUCGUCGCCAUCUUGAAGCGGUGGCCGGAGGUAUUAUGGAAGAAGGAAGCAGUGUUGCGGUAUUGAUGCCAAAUAUUGGGGAGCAGGAAGCUGUGCUGAUUUCUGAAACAGUCAUUGGCCCAACACUGCAGAACAGUGAAGAUCAGAGAAAAUGUAAAACUGAUCCACUAAUCCAUGUUAUCCAGAAACUCAGCAAAAUAGUUGAAAACGAGAAGUCACAAAGAUGCCUUUUAAUAGGGAAAAAACGUUCCCAUAGUAAUGGUUCUGCACAGUCCUUUGACUCAGACGAUCUUUGUGAAAUCCCAGCUAAAGCAAUUGAGCUAUCUGUUAUUGCUACGAAAAAGACUGAAGAGUUGCAAGCAGAUUAUUUUGUGACUGAAUGUCUUCCACCAAGCAAAAAGAAGGUGACAUGCUACCAGUGUAGUCUGUGUAAGUUUCUGUCACCUUCUCUUUUAACACUACAAGAACAUAUAAAACAACAUGGGCAGAAAAAUGAAGUUAUAUUAAUGUGCUCAGAGUGUCAUUUUGCUUCUAAAAGGCAAGAAGAACUUGAAUCCCACUUCCAAAAUUGCCAUGAGAAUGAUGGCAAAAAUAGCAUCCAGACAGAAGUGCAGCAAUGUGUAAAUGUCGCAAGUUCAUUUUUGCAAGGGCCAGUGGAAGGAAGUGUCAAAUCAGGAACUGAUCAGCCAGGAAAUCUGGAAUGUAAAGAUAUAACUCAGUCUAGUCCUAUGCCUGAGAUGGGUAGGAGGAAAUGGUAUACUUACGAGCAGUAUGGCAUGUACCGGUGUUUAAUUUGUCGGUACACCUGUGGUCAGCAAAGGAUGCUGAAAACACAUGCCUGGAAGCAUGCGGGUGAGGUUGAUUGCUCCUAUCCUAUCUUUGAGGAAGAAAAUGAAACUACCAACUUGUCAGAGACAGUUGUAACUCAAACACCUCAUAGCGUGGAUACAGUUGUUCUUUCUUUGGAAAACAAUGAACUUGAUAUCCAUAGUGAGCCUUCUCUUCAGCUUCAGAUUUGCAAUUCUGAGCAACUGUCAUGCAAAUUGCCAGCAGGAACAAAUGUCAAAGAGGAAGAGAUGUUAAAUCAGUCUGUAGUGCAUUCUCCUACUACGGAGGUUCUAGAGGAGACUGUAUCCGAUACAGAACAGGAUAAUAUGAUAGCCGAUAGCCUGCUUUCAUCAGCACAGAAAAUCAUUAAUUGUAGUCCGAAUAAAAAGGGUCACGUUAAUGUAAUAGUAGAGCGUUUGCCAGGUGCUGAAGAAAGUGUCUUACAAAAGCCUUUCUUGAUGAACACUGACAUUGAAACAGAAAAAAACCUAAUCUUGGAGGAGUCCCGUGUUACCUGUGAAGAACCUGAUGAAGUUUAUUGUUCAGAUGAAAUGCAGGAAGUAAUAAUAGGAUGGAAUAAUGCCGAGAAGAAAGAUAAUGAGUUAAGCCCUAAUAAAAAUGUAACGACUGAUGAAAAUGCACCUCCUGUUCGAAGAAGGACAAAUUCAGAGUCUUUACGGCUACACUCAUUAGCUGCAGAAGCUCUUGUUACGAUGCCCAUCAGGGCUGCAGAACUAACAGGGUCUGGCUUCAGGACUCUGCCUGGCGAAGAUGCUGUGGGUGCAGGUGCAGGGCAGGGAGAAGCUGAUGGCCCAUGCGUGGCUCAUUCUAAAGCCAUAUCCUCACUUAAGAAUCCUUCAGAGGAGUUUAGUGGCUUAAACCAAAGUGAAUGUGCAAUAGUAGAGAUACAGAAGGAAAGGCCAGAGUUAUCAGAAGCACCAAUUAAAAUGGGCAUCAGUAUGUCACUGCUCACUGUCAUUGAAAAACUGAAGGAGAGGACAGAUCAGAAUGCUUCUGAUGAUGACAUCUUGAAAGAAUUACAAGACAACGCACAAUGCCAAAAUGCAAAUGAUGCAAAUAUUCCUGGAAGUAACCUAGUAGAAUAUAUACCUAAUGUAGAUCGACCCUACCGCUGCCGCCUCUGCCAUUACAGCAGCGGUAAUAAGGGGUACAUAAAACAACACCUGAGAGUCCAUCGGCAGCGGCAGCCGUACCAGUGUCCUAUCUGUGAACACAUCGCUGACAACAGCAAGGAUCUAGAGAGCCACAUGAUCAACCACUGCAAAACAAGAAUGUAUCAGUGCAAACAAUGUGAAGAAUCCUUUCAUUAUAAGAGCCAACUGCGAAAUCAUGAAAGAGAACAACACAGCCUUCCAGAUAUCUUUUCGACAGCUACAUCUAACAAACUAAUAGUUUCCAAUGAAGCAGAUGAAAGAGAAGGAAAUAAGACUUCAGUUCAGAAACUGUAUAGAUGUGAUGUAUGUGACUAUACCAGCACAACUUACGUUGGUGUACGAAAUCACAGACGAAUUCAUAACUCCGAUAAGCCAUAUAGAUGUCGAGUAUGCGACUUCGCCACCACAAAUAUGAAUAGCUUGAAAUGCCAUAUGAGGCGCCACCCCCAGGAGCAUCAGGCAGUGCAGCUAAUGGAACAGUACAAAUGUUCUCUCUGUGGAUAUGUGUGUAGCCAUCCUCCAUCCCUCAAGUCCCACAUGUGGAAACAUGCAAGUGACCAAAACUAUAACUAUGAACAAGUGAACAAGGCUAUUAAUGAUGCAAUUUCACAAAGCAGCAGGUUUCAAGGACAGCUUCCUGACAAAACCGUAUUAGAAAAAACAGAUGAAAGUACAGUACUAGGAAGUUCAGACAACUUGGUGUCUUUUACAGAGUCUAUUAACCAGACUACGAAUGAAACUUCAGGUUCUGAUGAAAAUGAAAAACCUAACUUGAUGAAUACCUCAUGCAGUUUAGAUAAGACCUCCGCUCUACCCCAUCUCGGCACAGAAUACUGUGUUCUUCUCUUCUGCUGCUGCAUUUGUGGUUUUGAGUCUACCAACAAAGAAAACCUGCUGGAUCAUAUGAAAGAACAUGAGGGUGAAAUCAUAAACAUCAUCCUAAAUAAGGACCACAGCACAACUCAGAGCAUAAACUAGGUGAAGCAGUAGGUUAAGGAGAGGGUUUCCUAGAGUAAAUAUUUUCUUUCUUUGCUGUUUUUUGCCUGAGAAACUUGCUAAAGAGAAGAAUUGCAAGCAAAACUUGAUUUCCCAUCCUGAGUCCUUCUUUCAGUAGGAGUACGAUAUUUUAACCAGGGACUGAUGAAUCAUUUAAGAGAUAAAUAUAAGAAAUGAGGAAUAGAACGAUCCCUUUUUACCUGUUAUUUCUCUAUAUGGUGCCAAGAACAUAGGAUUGUUGGGUUGUCUUUUCUGUUGUCAGGUACUAGUCAGUAACAAUGCAUUAGCACAGUACGUUAAAACCCAAAGGUAUGAGAGCUUUGUAUCAAUUGAAAAGCUUUUUGCUUCCUCCCUCUGUUAUUUUCCAAGUAUUUCAGCAAAGAACUUUUCACCCUCCUUUUUGAAACCGGCAACAGACCAGAUACAGAUUUUACAGUGUGAUCUGAUAAAAUCUGCUGCUGGGAUUCUGGAAAGCAGGGAGAGGGGUGUGGGUGAGGGCACGGGUGUGCUUGCAUGCACACACAGGCAUUUCGGUUUUCCCAAUCUGUUUUUAAGGCCUUACAAACUCCAAGUCGUCCUUCAACAGAGACUGCUAUCCUUUCUAGCGAUUUAGAGCAGCGGGAGCUGAGGCGCCUAGAAACAUUUUGCUAAUAACUAUUUGUCUGAUUGGGUACUAACUAAAAAUUUGCUAUCUUUCAAAUUGAUAACGUAUAAAAAAUCCUUUAUAAUAAUGACCUGCUGUUUCUUAAUGGUUUGCUUGAUGCAUUCAGCAGAACUAUUUAAAAAAAAAGCUUGUCUUAUGUCACUUUAAAUUUGUGGUGAUUACUUUGCAGUACGUAUAAGCAAUGUUUUUAAUAAGAACAAGAUAUUAACAAUAAUUGCCACAAAGAGAUGUAGAUUAAAUCCAUGUAGAUUCCUAAAGAUGUAGGUGAGCACAAAGUAGGAUUUUGAGAAAUGCUUUGGAGCUCUUGGAAAUCCCACUGGCUGUCUAAAUUUCCCAUUUGUCUGUCAGAGCUGUAACUGUAGAAAUAAUUCAGUGAGAGAUAGAGGAACCUUCCUGUAGAAAAUCAUAUUAAAAAAAAAAAAAAGCAAAGAAUAUUUUAAGCAAAAACUGUAUCCAGUCACUUGUAGAAUAAAUUUUACUAGUGCAUAUAAUAUGGAUUCAUAAAGGGAAUUAGGGAUUACUUUGUUUUUCGAAGAAACACAUAGAAAUCUCUCCCUUUUAAAGCCUUUAGCUGCUAAAACUACAGUGUUUUGGGGUUUUGUUGGUUGGUUGGUUGAUUGAUUUUUUAAGUUACAGCGGUUUGGAGUAGAAGAUUUUCAUUUAUGUAUGUUUGGGAUAUGAUUGUAUUGGCUAAUUGCCUGGCAGCUUUGUUUAGGUUAUUUAUAAAGUGGGCUACUUAAAUUGUUUCAAAUACAUCAAUCAAGUGAAGUCGUUGCACGUCCAAAGCAGCCCCUGAGCAGCCAGAUUUCAACUUUCUAGUUUGGCCAUGUAUUUUUGCCUUUAAUGAAGCAUGCCUGGUUCCUGGCAUGGGGAUGCAGUUACCUGAUUUUUAGUAGCUCAUUACUUAAAAAACAACUUACUUAUAGGAAAAUAGUAUUUUGUGGUUACUUCCUGUUUAUACAUUUCUGCUCACAGAAAUAAGCUACAACUGUAAAUCUAAGAAGGUGGCAUAUGUAGUGUACAGUCUGUCGCACUAUCAUUGACCAGGAAAAGACAACAAGGCUUGGUACAAAUUUGUGAAACAACAUAAAACCUGAAGGCCCUGGUAAAGGCACUAAGAUUACAAGUAUAUUUGAUGAUAUUUUUUCAAGUAAUAUCCUCAAUUUGACUUGUUUUUUGGGGUUAAAUAUCUAUUAUUUUGAUUAUAAAUGAGAGAGCAGAAAGUACGCAUUUUGCUAUAAAAAUUGGUCAGGAUAGAAUGUCAAAGCAUUUUUGUUUCAGAUAUUUGAGGUGUUUUAAAUACAUAAGUAGACAUUCUUUUCAGUUAUUUUUCGUAUCCCUACAGAUGGAUUUUUCAUUUGAAAACAUGGUUUAUUUACAUGAUCUCCAAUUCAGUUAGAGAUAGUAAACUGGGAUAUUCACACUGUCUUAUUUUACCUUCAAUAUAGAAUUGAUGAGAAAAUAGUACAUUAUCUUGAAUAUAUCUAAAGUUUCUGCUUCAGAGAUCCCAUUUGUUGAAAAAAUUAAAGGUAAAAAGAUAUCUGUAGUAAUGUUAAACUACCCAUCAGUAUUCACAGAAACAGUAUUUUGCCACAUCGUUAUUUUUGUGUAAAAGGAUAAUUAUUUUGAAGUUGCUCAGCUAGUGAAAGAUAAAAAGGUAAGAAACUUGCAUUGAUAAGCUAAGGAGGAGAUGACAGUGAACCAAGACAUUAAAAGGAAGUAAUCUUGAAUCAAAAUUGACAGUUUGGGUGUAUGCGCAAGCCUCACUUGCAGCAUUAAGUACAAUGCACCAGGACCCGUUGUAAUGGGAUUCCUAAGCAGGACGUGUCUAUUCAAAGUUGUUCUUUGCCAUCCUGUUGCUUCUUUAUUUUUGAUCGUGUGCUCCUAUAAAAUAGUAGAAAGCCAGUUGCCUCUAACAAACCGUGAUCAGUCCUAACAAAUGCCAACAAAUAAUUCUUUCCCAUAUGCACAGCGAUUUUUGUUAACUGUCUCCAUGGUGCUUACCGGGAGUUACCCACUCACGAUUCCCAUGGACUUCAUCAGAAGUUCUGCAUGUGAAGUAAUUACAGGCUUAAUUUUUCUGAAAGCGAAAUUAUUCCUCAGGUUAUUUGUUUUAGAAAGUGUAUGGUUGGCUUGGUUGCAUGUUAUGUACGGGGGGUUUUAAGCACAUUUCAAAGUCACCAAUACUGCGGUCUUCCCCUUUCUUUAAGCUUUAAAAUAUUUUCAGAUCUUACAUCACAGAACUGUCAGAUGAUCGGCUGCUCCCUUCCUGUUUGUUUGAAUUGUAUUUUAUUCUGUGAUAUGAACUGUAACUUGCAGCUUUGUUUUAAAUGCCUAUACUUCUGCUAAAGAGAAAAAUCCUUCAUACUAGACUAUACUGAUAAAUAGGCGCAUAUUUCAUCUUUGCAAUUUAUGCUUGGCCUGGAAAAAUAGAGUGGGAUUCAGUCAGUUAUUGUAUUUUCCUCUUUCAGAAGCACUUAUUUAAUCAUUUUUUUAAAUGUACAGUUGGUGCUCAAAGUAACAUUUGUUAAGAUAUAUUUAAUAGAAGUUUACAUUUGCAUUUGAUAUUCAUGGACAUGGGUACAUGUAUUUUUUUAAGAAAAGGUAUUGUAACACUAUGGCACUGCUUUUAUAGCCAAAGUAUAAAAAAAUUUAGAAGACUGACAUGUAAAGACUGCAGUUAAUUCUGAUACUGUAUCUUAUUAAAUAGGAUGACUUUUGUUUUAUAAAAUUAUCCAGCACAUUAAGCUGCAUGCCUUAAGCUCUCUCUAGGAUUGUGUUCCUGAUAGACGACUGUUUGGAACUAUGAAGCAAAGUCUGUAGUACUACUUUAACUACCUUCUGAAAUACUGUACAACGUUAGAAUAAUUUAUUUUGCUUUACAGGAGUUUGUCACGUAUUGACUUUAAUAUUGUAUUUUGGUAAUAAACUUUUUUUGUUAAA